GGAAAAGGCGCGAUCCUGAAAUUAUUAACCCUAGAAACUAAACUAAACUAAACAAAAAUUAAGAAACUAAACAAUUCUAAACUCAACUUGUUAAAAACUAAUCAUCUUCUUCUUGGGCGGGAAAGUUCACCCCAUUAAUCACAUCACAUCACAUAACCACAUAAUAAAACUCAUUUUUCUCUCUAAUUAAUCUCUCACUCGUUCCUUCCUUCGUUAACCGUGAAACCAUUCAGUUACGGUUACGACGAAAAACGAACCAUAACAAUGCACGCCGUAGAAGAAGGUGGUGGUAGCGAAGACCAAAACGAACGCGUUUUGGAACAGAUUUUCAACCUACGUCGACGUUGGGAACUCGCUUCCGUUCUUGAUUUCCUUGACGUGUUUAGUGAAUUACUUGGUAAGGAUUUGAAGGUUUCAGCUGAAGAAAUUGAGAUCGGACUUGUUAAGCCUAAUGCUUUACUUGCUAAGCUUCAUAUUCAACUUUUGAAGGGAAUACCGCCUGUGAGUAGGACACUGGAUGAUUCUGAUAAAUGGGUGACUGCUCUCUCUAAGAAACUGACUACGUGGUGGCCAUGGGUUGCUGAGGGGAAGAAUCCACUUGUACCAUCUAAAGGAGAGGAGAUAUCGAAGUACAAGGAACUUGAUCCAUUGGAUCGUUUACUACUGCUAAAAUCCCUUUGUGAAGUUAGAGCUGAUCAACAUGAUGUGAUAUCAUAUGUUAAUGAUGCUCUAAAAGAAGGAACUGAGAUAUCUUCUUUUCGUAAAGAUGCCUUUGGAAGAGAUGGAACUGGCACAUCCUAUUGGUACAAUGCAAACACAAAAACACAGUGUCACAGAUUCUACAAGGAAACAAUCACAACAGUCUCAACUCCAAACCGUAAGGGCAAGGGACGUUUAUCACUUCCCAUUGUCAACUUUCAAUGGGAAACACUUGCCUCCAAUCUUGAAGAAUUUUCAGAAGUAGCUGAAAAAUUAUCAUCUAGCAAAUCUUCUGUGGAAACUUUUAUUGGCAACAGGCUUCAAAGUGAUGCUAUUCCUGUUCUUGAGAAACUUCAAAAGAAGAAAGAAAGAGCAUUGAAACAGAAACAGAGACAGGAUAAGCUCUUGAAAGAUUUCCAGAACUCCCAGUCUUCUGGAAAUACACGCUCUUGUCGCACUCGAAGGCCUAUUAAUUACAGUUUCGAAGCUUAUGAUCGAACAAUUAAGGAGGCUAUACAGUUGACGAACAAAAGAAAAAAGUCCACUCCUGCCGACCAAGAUAAAAACAGAGGAUCAGAAGAUGACUCCAACGUAGAUGUUUCCUCGGAGAGUGAUGAUUCUGAAAGGGACGUUCAACGUUUAUCUGAGAGUGACGAUUCCGGUUAUGAAAAUGAAAAUCACAGUAGUGAGGAGAAUGAUGAACAUGAGAAUCAGAUGGAUAAUUCAGAAGAACACUCAAGCCAUGUGGUUUCUUAUCCUAAGGGGGUUCGCAGUAGUAAGCGAUUAGCUGGAGUCCCCGGCCAUACUGUUCCAGAAAGCAUGGGCUUGGCUGCAAAGCAAAGAGUGAGACAGAGACCAACCAGAAAUACUGCCAUAGAAUAUACUGUUGUACCUGAUUCAGAGGAUGAAGAACAUGAAGAAAAGAUACCUGAUUCAGAGGAUGAAGAACAUGAAGGAAAGACAGAUCUUUCAGAGUCUAGUUAGGCCUAGUAUUUAGCUUACAUUUCGGGGAAGUAUCUAGCACAGUGGUGUAGAAUGUUUGUCAGCAAAAUUUGGGGUUAUUAGAAAACAUCCCUCAUUCUAGGCGUAUACAUAUUUUUUGGUUUGAUUUAAUCUUUUGGAAUUCAUGAACCUGUACCUGUCCUUAGGUGUUAUGAUCCGAGAAGUUUUUGAAAUAUUAAGUAUAUAUAAUAUGGCUAAUGAUUGUUUGUCCAUUGCUUGAUGCAUCAGCUCUGUUCAAGCAUUUCAUGGUGCA